AUGAAUUACCCAACAGGCAUGAGCGCUGGUACGGGCUUUCAUUACAACAAAGUGGCGGCUCAGAUGCAAAAUUAUCUAAAUAAUAACAAUUCGCCCCGUCGAAAUCAAUAUGCAUCUCCAAUGUACGCAUCUUAUUUUCCUCAAGGAGAAGCCAUCGCAUCUCAUCUCGUACAAUACGGUGCACAACGCAUGGGCGUUCCUCCUAUGGUUGCAAAUGAGCUCAGCGGUAUUGCUAUAGGGCUAAUGCGUAAUGUUCUGUCGUAA